AUGCAGUUCACAUCGAUUCUCCUGCUUGCCAGCACAGCUCUCGCAGCUCCCUGGGCUCCUCAGUCAUCUGCCCACCAAGCCAGGGCUGAAAGCAUUGAUGACAUGCUUCCUCCCAUCGUACCUAUCAACACACGGAGUGGUGACCGAGAUCUCAUUUCCAAGAUCAUCACCGCCCCCACACAAGUCGAACGACUCAAGCUCUUGAACCAACCUGGAGAUUUCGUCUUUGACUUCAGAGCCGUUACUGGAGCUGGAGAAGCUAUUGGAAAGGGCGGAAGAUCUGUUUCCGCUACCUCUUUGACCAUGCCCGCUCUUAUCGGCAACGGCGCUUCCAUGACAGUCGCCUUUCUUGGCCCCUGUGGAAUGAAUACCGCCCACGUUCACAACAGAGCUACGGAGCUUAACAUCGUUGUCAAGGGCCGCCUGGUCACCAACUUUGUUGUUGAGAAUGGCGGCAAGCCCAUCGCCAACACCAUGGACACAUUCCAGAUGUCAGUCUUUCCUCAGGGCGCUAUUCAUCAAGAAUUCAACCCUGAUUGCGAGGAUGCUGUAUUUGUCGCUGCUUUCGACAAUGUCGACCCUGGUGUCAACCAGAUCGCACAAAACUUCUUUUCCCUCAGAGGGGACGUGCUCGAAGCUACUCUGGGCGGUGUUCAGACCAUCGAUGGCAAGGAUAUCGAGUCCUUCCGCGAGCAUAUUCCGGCCAACAUCGCUCUUGGCAUUGAUGCUUGUCUUAACAAGUGCGGUAUUAAGAGGAACUCGAAGCGAGACUUGAAGGAUAUCUUGAACUAG